GAAGGUAAAAUCCAUUACAUUGAUUAUUUCGCAGAUAGUGGGAGUUGGAUGGAAGUUAAAAUAUUGUUUUGAUGUGGCACUGAAAGAAUCAGAAUAAAUUAUAUGAUUUUAACUUCCAGGACUUCUUCAAAGUUAUAUCUCUGAUGAUUUUGACACCAAAACUGUCUUGGAUUGAAUUCAAACUGCUUCCAUUGGAUCUCAGUGUCUGAGAAAGAUCACUGAGGCAACUCCAGCGGCGUCGUACGCAUCAUGUGCCUCAAAAAACGAGUCCUAGCCCCCGCCGAGCCCACUGAAGUUGUCGCAAGUGAAGCUGGUCGCGUAAGGAAGGCGGAGUCCUGCUGGGCGUGCGCGCAGCAACGGCAGGAGUGCGCGAUUCGGGCCGCCGCCGCACCUUCCUUCCGCCAACGCAAUCGAUCGCCUACUAUGCUAUGACAGUAGGUGGCGCGCUAGUCGGGCAGUUCGCAGGGUUGCUGUUUUGAGGGGUCAUCGCAGUUUGAUUGCAUUUUGGAUCAGAAUGGACGAAAAUAGGCGAAUGGGGCCUUCAAAACGUGAUGUUGUGGUGUAGUGCUAGUGUUUGUACGUGCGGCGCUGAGCUGGCCGCGUCAUAGAAGAUGCCGUGAUGGCAAGAGAGGAGUCCCGCGGAAAGAGACCCUUCAAAUUAUGGGACGGACGUCGUAGCGUUCGGAAGGGGUUGGUGGUGGGCAGUCUAGAUGAGCUAGUGCAGAGGGGCAGAGACAAGCUAGGCGUAUCGUUGGGGGAGCCUGUGAGGGUGGUGUUGGAGAGCGACGGCACCCAGGUGGAGGACGGGGAGUACUUCAGGACUCUGCCCGCCAACUCGGUGCUUCUUCUUCUCAGACCAGGCGAACGAUGGUUACCCGCCGGCGUGGAUGUCAUCAAAGCAGUAGCAAUCAGCGCAAUACCGAAAAUCGUUUGCGAAACGAUUCACGCACUCGAGCUGCACGAUGAGCAGCCCUCCUGGAAGAUCAUGGACAACAAGGGCCGGGUCACCGUCGUUUUGCACUGGGACCAACGAUCGGGUCCCUCCAGGGCUUCCUCGGAGGCGCCGUCACCCGCCCCCGGAAAAUUCUCUCCAAGUAAGCGACCGCCCCUCGUCAUCCAAACGUCUGCGGGCCAAAACGGCUCGUCUCCCAAAGGUCCGCAGCAGGUACGCUACGCGAGUCCCCAGAUCACUGUGAUAAACCACGACGACGUCAGAUCUGGGCACAGGCUGUCCAAGCAGAGCACGUCGCUGGAGGGCGCCACCAUACAUGUGCACACGCCCGAGUGUGCGCACCACGUGCACCUGCCGCGUGCCGGCAGCCCGCAGAGCAACGGCGUCGAGUGCGACUUCCACUGCUGCGCGCUGCACGAGGAGGGCAGGAAGAUAGCGGUUCAUAAGUCGGUGGCCACGUCGCCCAUACAGGACGCGCAGCAGCAGACAUCACCUCAACCUCCGACCUCAAGACACGUGCGUUUUUUAGACGUUGAAGGUGGCGGCCGUAACGGCGGGCAUGACAAGAACAAUGUGCAGUCCGAACACGAGAGUUCCGAGAGCGAGACCGAGAACACCGUGAUGGAGGACGAGGCCGUCACCUCAGAAAAGUUCCUGCUGUUAAUCGAUCAACUUAGUGUAGAACAGAAGCGUCACUUGAGCAUCAAAGAUAUCGGCAUAAUCCUAGAGAGACUCAGUUCGAAGAUCCUGGACGUUGAACGUUUAGACCGCGAAAGUGAAAGUGACGACUGUUACAACUGGACUAUCAAGGCCACCAUAAGGGGGGACGUGCUCAGGGAGCUGGGGGUGAUCUACAACGGCAACUACUACGCAAUAUCCGAACACCCCGGUUACAGGGAGGAGAACGAGGGGGUCGUGGAGGAGGUGGAGGAGGAGGAAGAGGAGGAGGAUCGGCUGUGAGAUAAACGACUGCCAUUUCCUUUGUCAUAAGCACAAAUCAAGACUAUAAUAAUUCAGGUGUGGUAUAUAUUUAUUCACAUAUCGCGUGAUGAAACUUUUCUGGCCUACGAUGGUCGAUUUUGAGUAUGCCUGACCCGAAAGUCUUGACUUACAACAAGUCCACCCGCCGCGCUACGGAGCAAGGUGCUAUACAGAACCAACAAGUUCGCCCCUAGAUGCCAAAACUCGCUCGUUGAGAUAUCUCUAAGGUGACGCCAUGGGGAUGGUCCCAACUUGUCGCCAAACAUUAAGGUCUUCCCAUAAUCGAGAAAGAACUGUGACAAUCGGGAGACGAUUAUUCGUAUAUUUCACUCACCCCACCACAUACAUACACACCUGUUUUAUGUAGGAUACUGUUGAAUCUGGACGUAAUUUGUUGAUGAUAACAAAACUGUUCGCUUUUAUGAUUGUUUGUUGUGUGCGUCUUGUAAUUCAUGAGACGCCGAAAGGACAGUGGUGAGUUAUGAGAAAAAAAAAAAAGUUCGGUGCGCGUCGCGCUGUUUCGUGAAACAAAGCGAUUUUUCACCUUUUCCUUAGCUAAUAGACGAUGGACUAUAACAAAUUGACAUUAAAUCAUAGGUGUGUUAUCACAAUGCUGAUCCAUUGGAGGAACAAGAUCUGGUAACACAAAAUUCACUCAUAUAUCUUCUGUUUUUCCUGACUGAAAUUUGCUGAGCAAAUUUCGCAUUAUGUUAGGUUUUAUAUCGAUAAUUCUUUUUACUAACUUCUUUUUAACAUGUAUUAUAACUCAAAGUUUUUUCGGGAACAAUCAAUUCGGAAUUUAUCCAGCAUUCAUCCAGCGGUGUGGAAAUCGAUUUGAAAUUAAAGUCAACCUCUAAUUCUACAAAAACUCCAAUAUAAUCAAUGAUAAUCAUUAACACACUGAUUAAAUCAUGUUGGGAUGAUAGACUAACCGUUGGCGACAUUUUCAUUUCGUGGAAUUUUUUUCAAUAUUAUGCAUUCUCUUCAACGAAGUUUCUUUUGAACCUUCGUCCGAUUUCAGCAGUUUUUUUUGGAACUUGAGCUUGAUUCCCUAGUAACUUUGUCAGUUCCCCUAAUUUACAAAAAAUAUUCCGCUCAAAUCAUCUCUCAAUAAGCCUCCACAUUAGGGAACAGAAUGUUGAUUUUCAUAUCACAAGGAUUAGUUUAUUAGACGUCAGAAAUGUCGUUGGCCGUUAGUCUACUGGUGUAAUUUUUCGAUAAACCCGCCCUCAAAAGCUUUGAAAAUGAUAUCUUGAACCAUAAUUUGUGGCCAAAAAAGAUGUGUGAUGACUUUCGCCUUUUCUUCCUUUCAGUGCCAAAACUUUAGAAAAUUUGUAUUUUUCGUAUAUCGUAACUGUACGAUAAGUUGCAAUAAUGAAUUUUGCAUUACCGUCUCAAUGCGCGGCGUUUUGUGAUUCUGAUGUCUUGUCAAUAACGAAGAAGAAGGCAGAAAGAAUAAUACCUUGACGUUGAUGAAAAAGCAAUUUCAAUCAAAUGAAAUAUUUAGAUGGAUGGAAAUAUACAAAGUUUAUAGCUUUAUCCUGACGGUGUGGUAUAGUAAGAUUUUUCCACAGAUUUAGGCGGUAAGGGAUUCUGUCAUUUAUGUCAAAUUACUGCCGAGCGCCGAGGGGUGGGGGAAGAUUGAAUCUUUCCUCAAAUCUCUGCGUCAGGUCAGAUUUAUCUAGGUAUAAGUUUGGUCCCUACUCUCCAUCCUGCUAUCUAUAGAUAGGAAACCGUUUUUGCCUUCACAACGUAAUAGCGACGAAAGCCAACUUCCAAAUUCACCUGAUUGGGAUCAAUCAAGUUCAAAGACAUCCCUUCUGACAGGAAACGUAUUGUAGGUUGACCCUUGAAACAGACACUCACGAGGUGUCAUUUACCGGGUGGCUUUAGAAAGGAGAAUGAGAUGAAACUCUCU